AUGACCGACGCGGCUUCGUCGUCUUCUCCGACGUCGAUGGACGCGCUGGCGCCGCGCAAGCGAAAGACGAGGCCUAUUUCCGCGUGCGAGAACUGCCGAUCCAAAAAGGUUAAAUGCCAUCUCAAGCCGGGCGAAAUCGUCUGUGAGGGCUGUACAGCAUCGGGAAAGCAAUGUCUCUUUCGCAUCGACGACCUGUCGCCGGCCCUUCGCAAGCAGUGGUUUCCUGACUAUGUCGAGGAACCCAGGCCGAUCGAUCAAGCUUCCACAAAGAGGCCGACGUCGCUGAUGAGCGGCAGAAAGAGGCCUGCAUCGCCCUCGUCUGCGGCAUCCGACCAGUACGACGAGCUGCAGCUGCAGGACGACGAUGAGGAUAACUCCAAGGACGAGGCGACCAGGGCGAAGAGGGCAAAGAACAAGGCCGUUUUUCGAUCUUUUGCCAAUCCUACCAAGCUCGUCGCUCUCACCCGACCUCCGCUUCCGUUGAGCGAGCAGCCGUCAUCCAAGGGGCCUUCGGCAUCGCAAAAGUCUCCGCCUUCCGCAGCAGCAGACCACACGUUGCUACCACCACCUCUGCCGGUCACCAGAUACCCGUCUGAAUACCCUCUUCAGCCACCAUCAGCGCUGCACAACGCCCCUUCGCCCCACUACGCGCAAGCAUUUGGCAUUCCUUCCACUCCUUUGACGUCUUCACACCGUCCAACAUCACCUCCACGUCCGACUGCGUAUGCAGGGUAUCAGCAACAGCAUCACCCACAAUCCCGUCAUCACCAUCACCAACAGCCCCCCAAUUCGUAUCAGCAGCAGAACCCUCCUCGCCAUCAGCAUCAGGACUACAGUCAGCACCAGCAGCUUCUCUCGUCUCAUCAUCACGCCUUCAGUGGUGGAGCAAGCUACGAACGCGCGAGUCCAAGAUAUUCGCAGGGACACGACGGUCGGCCGAUCCAGGAGCCUUACUAUGACGCAAGACCGUCACCGCGGACGCGGCCGUCAUCUCCAGUCGCUCAGUCACCCACCUUUGCCGUGUCCGUCUUGGGAGCAACCACGGCCUGGAGUCCGACGAUGCAGCAACACGGCAGAGCCGCCGUUGACGAUGCCUCAGCGAACAGGCGUCGAUCAUCGAGCCUUCUUCCUCGACCGGAGCUGCCUCCUCCUCCGUCACGAUACCGGCAGGCAAACUCGCCAUCGUCUGGCACCACGGAUCCGGCCGCGUAUCGCAACAUGUCCUCCUUUACCCCGCCCAGCACUCGUAGUAGGGCCGGCAGCACCACCGUCGGUCGCGAGGGAGCAGGCUCUACGACGCCGGCAGGGGUCGUGAAUACGGGCGAAGCACUUCAGGCCAGCUCGCCCAGCAGGCCGCCGCCGACUUUCAAGAGGAUCGCUCUUCCCUUCUUUCGGUGGUUUGGCGCAACGGCCAACACGCCUGGGAUCAAGAGGAUCAAGGUGGGCGUCUACCACGAGGCUGAUGGCGAACGGCAAGACACCGAGUCACCCGCGGUCAACGAAAGUGACAGACGUAGACUUGUUCAAAGUCCAAGUGCUCGAGGAGAAGGUCAAGGUCCAGGUCUUGGUCUAGGUCUCGGUCUCGGUCUCGGUCUUGGUACCGGUCAAGGACAAGGACAUGGUCAAAGCCAGAAUCAAAGUCAGAGUCAGAGUCAGAGUCAAGGUCAAGGCCAAGGUCAGAGUCAAGGUCAAAGCCAUAGUCAAGAUCACAGUCAAGCUCAGGAUCACGACGGGGUCAGUAACUUGGACUCGCCUCGCGACUCGGUGGUGGUCGCCAACGGGGAGGGAGAAGCUGAUGGAAAAGGCGAUGCUUCCUCACUGUCGUCGGCGACGCGAGACCUGUUCGACACGGAGAGACCUCGCUACCCGAAGGCCGAUCUGCUGCAACACCUCGUACGCCUCUUCUUGCACUACUUCAAGACAUCCUGCUUUCCCUGGCUCGACAGCCAGGAGAUCCUGAGUGGUGCUCAGUCCGGAGAGUUGCCUGCGCUCCUGGCCAACGCGAUUUGCGCAAUGACGGCUCGCUUCUCCAAUCGCCCGGAUCUUCUGCGACGGGGAGUGCCCGCCAGAUCAAUGGGCGACCCCUUUAGCGACAUGGCAAAGGUCCUCUUGGUCCCCAUGCUCUCUUGGCCUUCGAUUGAUGUCAUCGAGGCACUGCUAGUACUGAGCUACGCAGAGUUUGGCGCAGGCGCUGAUGCCGGCCUGUGGAUGUACAUUGGCAUGGCCCAGAGAAUGGCGACGGAUCUCGGCCUGCAACACGAGGCCACGAUCAAGAGCAUGGCCAACCCAAAGCAGCAGCAACGAGCCAGGCUCCUCUUUUGGGCUAUCGUCGGCCUUGAUCGGAUCACCUGCUUUGGCACCGGCAGGCCAGUGUCGAUUCGGGAAGACUCUUUCGACUGUGCGCUGCCGCCGAGCCACGAUGACGAAGAAGGCGACGAGGCGGACAAGUUCCGAGCCGAAGACUACGUCUUUGGCUACGUCAUUCGUACAUUGCUCAAGCGCGGCCGAAUCGGCGAGGUGCUCAAUCGAAGGUCAGAUGGCCUGUCGCCCGAGGAGCGCGGACAGAAGCUAAGGACGAUGUGGAUCGACCUGGCCGAGUACUACGACUCGCUACCUGCGCAUCUUUCCUUUUCGAUUGCCAAUUUCAGAAGGGCAGCUGCUGCCAACCAAGGAGCUGGCUUUGUCUACCUGCACGUCCUGCUGCAGAGCACCAUGAGUCUGCUCAACCGUCCGGCGCUACUGAGAAGGUUCAAUCGCGAUCUGACGACACUCCACCCACCAUCCAAGCUUGCGUCGAUUGCCGACCAGGCGUCAGGGACCAUUGUCAGCAUCCUUCGCUUUGCGGAAGAUGCCAGCCGGGAAAGGCGCGUGGUCGAUGACGACGCAGCUGCUGGUGUCAAGCUGAUGCCCAGUGAUGUGAAUCGCGAGGUAAACCCGUUCACCGACUGCAACCCCUACCUCGACCAACUCAUCCUGCCUGCCGGAAGGGCUUUCCUAGCGGAGCGAGAGGCGGCUCGAGAGUCGCUUCGACGCAUCGAGAGGCGCCCUUCACACCAGCAGGACGCUUCUUCGCGAGAUAGUCUCGCGGGCGCAGGUGGUCCUGCCGAUCCGCUGCAAAGGUCGAGGCAAUUUGCAGAGGCGAAUCUGGCCACAUGCCAAGAGAUUUUGGAAAAGAUUGCCGUGUGGUGGAGUGGGGCUAGUUGGCCUGCAAGGGCCCUUGAGCAGGAGACGAUGGGCGCCAUGGGACCCGAGGAAGGAGGCUCGCAAGACGAAGACACUGUCGGGCCGGACGGAAAAGAUGAGGAUGCACAGCCAGCACCGAUUCGAGAUGUCGAGAUGGUGCUCAAAUGGGCAAAAGCAAGGGUCAAGCGAGCCAAAGCUGCCUCGAGAAGGAGCUCAGCUGUAGCACCAACGACGACGACCGGUGGCAAAAGGUCCGAGGAUGCAACAGGCAUCGAGACCCUAGACGCGAGCGAGUCUCUCUCGCACUUCAACGGCGUCGACUUGGCGGCCGCCGCUGUUGCUGCCAGAUCGACAUCUUCGAAUCCGAGCGAGUCGCCAUUCGAGUCCGGCUUUGGCUUCUCGGGCUCGCUGGGCGCUAGCGCGACCGACUUUGACAUCCAAUCUCUGCUGGAUGCUUGGACCUCGGAGCAGCACUUUUCCACGGGAGGUACCUACGGCGACCCAUAUCAUCCAACUUCUCUGGACUCGCCCAGUUGGCCGCUCAUUGAUGCUCGAGGAGGAGCAGGGCGCACACCGAUGCAGCCUCCUGCCCUUCCUUCUCCAUCGCAGCUGCAGCAGCCCGCGCUCGCCAUCGACAUCAACACGAUGCAGCUCGAGGAGAUUCUUUUUGGAGGUGGGACCAGCUGGCAGGGUCAGCGAGAUCGGCAAAGGGAGCAGCAACAGCAACAGCAACAACAGCAGCAACAACAACAACAACAGCAGCAGCAGCAGCAGCAGCAGCAACAACAACAACAACAACAACAACAACAACAACAGCAGCAACAACAGCAUCAACAUCAGCAACACCAGCAGCAACUACAAUUCAUGAACGAGAACGGCAAUGCAGCUUCAUCCUCAAUGGGAAGCCACGGCAUGGUCGCGGAUAACGAUCUGUCCUCUUCAUCUGCCUCCAUAUCUUCGUCGCUGCCGACCACCAUGACGGAGAUUCUCCCGUUGGACCUGAUGGCGCCAAUCGAUUAUCGAUCCAUCGGCCCGACUGGCUCGACCACGAGGAUUUCGACCUUUUCUCCUCCUCAGUCUCGAUCAAAAAGUGGCAACCCAGGAGAGGGAGGAAAUAUAUUCGUCGGUUCUCAGGGUCGGCGUCAGCAUGAUCAACCUUCGUCCUGGUCAUUGUUCCGCGGGUACGGAAACGAAGAAGGCUCACUGUCGCGAUCGGUAACAGAAGACCUUACGAAUGCGCUUUUUGGACGUUUCUCCAAUGUGCCGAGGUACUCGUUCGUCGGUCAGCAACAGUCUCACCACCAUUCGCAGGGCCAACUUCAGGGGAACCAGCAGGGGCAAGAGAGCAGCAGGCACGCUGGGCCAGUCGCAGGCCCGACGCGGCGCGUCUAG